CCCGCGCUCUUCCCGCAGGAGCUGACAUUCCUGAGCAAGCAGGAGAUCCUGCUUGCCUACAAGAGGUUCAGUGAACUGCUGCCAAAGGAGGAGAGGGAGAAUGCCUGCUCCGCACGGGUUCCCAAGAGCCAGAUCCUGACCUUGCCCGAGCUGCGGGCAAACCCCUUCCAGCACCGGAUCUGCCGGGUGUUCUCUACCUCGGACGAUGGGGAUGACAGCAUGUCCUUUGAAGACUUCCUCGAUAUGCUGAGUGUCUUCAGCGACUCCGCUACCUCGGAGAUCAAAUCCCACUAUGCCUUCCGCAUCUUCGAUUUUGAUGAUGAUGGGACUCUGGACAGAAGGGACCUGGAGAAACUGGUGGACUGUCUGACGGGGCAAGGCGAGGAGUCCCGGUUGAGCAACGCGGAGAUGGAGCAACUCAUCCAAAAUAUCCUGGAGGAGUCCGACAUCGACAAGGACGGCACCAUCAACCUCUCCGAGUUCCAGCAUGUCGUCUCCCGCUCCCCGGACUUUGCCAGCUCCUUCAAGAUCGUCCUGUGA